AUGACUCGUUCCUUUGCCAGCGCCACUGGCGCAAAGGUGUCGGGACAGAAAACUAAUACGAAACCGAAGCCGAAUCAGUCUUCAACGUCUUUGAAGCGUACUGCCUCCGCAUCACUGCCCAUACGAGAGAAUCCAAACCCAACGAGAGGGUGCAUUCACCCAGUUCUUGCCUUCGCAACUGCCGAGAGGUUUAACCUCGGAGAGUUGUUUAAAGCACUGACACCAUCUGCCAAACGGUUUGAGGACGCCAUAUGGGUGCCUACAAAUGAACCUGGCGGCUCUCAAGGUGAAGUUUGGAUUUUUGGUAAUGGCGCAAUCGUCUGCUGGGGACUGGACGAGGAAUCUGCACGUACUUUCGCACAACAUAUUACCCUUCGAACACCUCAUGCUAUUAUCUUGCCGCUGCGUGAGUUUGAGACUGAAGAACUAGAAUUUGUUACCGACCCCGCAGAGCGAACACGAUUACAAGGCGAUCUCAUUAUACUUGGACAAGUCCCGCCAUAUGCCGGUCUAUCCGAAAUACCGUCCCAUCCGGAUUCCACCGCAGAAUCUUCGUAUCCAACUCGCACCUUCCCAGCACGCUACGCUUUUUCUCAAGCACUUGCACGAUCGACAGCACUAGCAGCGUUCGAGUCACGUCUGGAUGCUUUCAUCUCAUCUGUCGAGCGACUUCCCCAGACUUUAUCCGAAACUGGUGUUCCCGGUUUAAAGCGCAAGGAAAUCAUUCGGAAAUUGGGUGAACUGUUGAAGUUCAGACAAGGUCUAAAUUUAAGCCGACAGAAUUUUGGUGAUACCCCAGAUUUUUAUUGGGCAGAACCCGUGCUCGAAGAGUAUUUCAAUUCCAUGAGUAAGGCGUUAGAUAUUCACGAACGCGUAAAUGCUCUAAACCAGAAGAUUACAUAUGCGGCCGAGGUCCAAGUGACCUUGCGUGAAUUACUCACCGAGUCCUCGACGCAUCGGAUGGAACUUAUCAUCAUCGCUCUCAUUGCUGUGGAAGCAGCAAUCGCAAUAAUCCGCGAUGGGCCAGAGCUGUGGCACAUCUUUUUCCCUCCCGAAGAACGCAGCACCCUUGAACCAUCCGUCUCGACACUACCUCCCACUCAGUAA